CUGAAGCCCAAAAUAUUACAGCCGAUGUGUAUCUGUUGAGCUCGUAUGACGGGCCCGCACAGGAUGAAGCCGCCGACAUUAGCGUUCUUUCACUGCACAAGAGGGAAAAUCAGUUAAACAACACAAAUGCAUUGAAAUUUGACCUUCCAGAGUUUGCUUUAGAUAAAGGAGGGUCACGGCGAGGAGCUCUACUUUUAACAUGUGCCGUCCAUGUGUAAGGACGCUUCAAGUCUCUGCAUGUUGACGAAACUAUUUGACACAAGAUAAAAAAAAAAAAAAGAAUACGAUAAAUCCAGUGUGAGCGAGCUGCAGAGCGGCUGGAUCAGACGCGGCCACGGCUCUGUCAGUAGAGAGAGCUCAGAAACAGGCCUGUUAUUGCAGUAGAAGGUGAGGUGGACUUUAGACUAGCUGGAGAGGUGUUGUGACGCGUUAGAGGACGCAGAUGGACCCAAACUUCAAAGACUCGACCAAAGACAGUGCAAUAAAACGCCUGGUCUGCUAUACUGUCUGGCAUUCCACUUUUAAUGGCUUUAUGGCCGUCCAGACACAAUUAGGCUGUUUCCAGAAUGGCACCCAUUUGUGUUUUUUCCCCUUCCCUUUCUGUGAGACUGGGCUCUGGACAAAAGGCCGAGCGGAAAUGAUCAGCUUUAUUGGAUUCUUCCCGACGGGGACGCGCAGGACUCACGGUCAUUCGGAGCGAUCCUUUGUUUCUACCUGGGAACCUUCCGCCCUCUGCUCUGGUGUUGGGCCUGUCUUAUUGGAGAAGGAGCAAUAAAGCCAGCAACUAGCUUCAAACGCAGUAGUUGGCCCACAGAUGAUGAUGGUAGAUGCAUUUUUAUAUAUGCGCAGGCGCGUUGCUGAAUUAGCAAUUACGUCACAUUUUAACACUCCUCUUUUUCAUAUGAAUUUGUUUAUCUUUUUUUUUUACCCUCACUGAAGCAGAAAGGGGAGCGAAAACGCAUGCGCAGUGCUUUACUCGCCCUGCAGUACCUGCACGUCACCAGCGGGUGGCGACACUGUUCCACAGCAUCUGUGCUUUUGAACACUAAUGAACCUGCAUAUGGUAACAAACUGUAGUAACAUUUUUAAGAGUCUAGCAAAAUAAUUUCACACCUUUUUACAGUCUCCGUUCAGGCUGCAGCUCUUUGUAGAACAAAAAGAAAAAAAAACAGGCAGCACACGGUGGCUACUACUUUACUGCAGUUGCCCACAGACGAGCACGCUCCGUCGUUUGCUUCUAGGAAAAUUGCUUUUGUUAAGUAUUUACUUGAUCCAGUUUGUAUUUUUUAAUGUAUUUAGUUUAAUUUAAAAAAUCGACAUGUAAGUAUUUUUACAUAUAUUUAUAUAUAUUUAUGUUGUUAUAUUUUGCAUAAUUUAGGCCUGUUUUAUGCUAAUUUGCUGCUUUACGCAUGAUAAGCAAUUACAAUUACUAUUUUUUACGACAUGAACAUGUUUUAGAUAUAUUUUAUUUAGCUAAUAUCACGAUAUGUGUUUUAUGAACGCUUAUUUCUCGAUAAACAAAAAAGCAACAAUAACAUAAGUAGCAAGUUCUCUGAUUAAACAAAUUGUGCUGUGAACAGAAAACAUUAUCUAGCAAGAUUAAAGUAGCAUGCUACACAUAUUCACCCCUAGAUAAUUUAUAUAAAUCGGUGGUGACUUUUUGUAACAUUGUAGUGAGAAAAGUGAUUUACUGCGCACAUUACCGUUCCGGUUAUUGUGCAUUGCUUCGGUCAGUGGAACUGUGUGACUCUUUUUGUUGUGUGUAUGUAUUUGUUUUUGAGAAGCGUUAAUCCCACUCUGCAGUCUGCGCCACAAUGAAGUCCAUGCCUGAUUGGGUGAGAGUGGUCAAGCCCGAGUCACGUGGUUGAGUUCCUUGGUCCAGAACAAAAAUGGGGUUUGGUGUAAAUCUAGGGUGUAUUGCUGUCAUAUAUCACGCUACCUCGUAAAAACGACACUGAGGAUUCUGGGACAACAAAUCAGAGAGAAAAAAUAUGAGUUCUUAUUAUGUGGAUGGUCCUUUUAGCAAAUAUACGGCGGGUAGUCCUCUGUUCCCAAACGUGGAGCGGCUUUCUUGCAGUAGUGGACCCAGUGGAGAGGACUGUGGCUCCGCUCGGACCACUGCGGCCAUCGCCUUUGCACCAAGCCUGGCUGGAGUUUACAGCGUCAAUAAUGGCGUAUACCAGAGCCACCCUAUGUUUACCUCGGGCUUUGGCCAGGGGCAGGUCACACACACACUGCGUUGCAGCCAGUUUGACCAGAGCCUCCUGUUCAGCGACAGCUGCUGCAGUCCGGGGCCGGGACCUCUCACCUCGCCGCCGGACAAACAAUACCGGAUGUACCCCUGGAUGAGAGCAUCAGAUCCAAAUCGAAAGCGGGGGCGGCAGACCUACACCCGGUACCAGACCCUGGAGCUGGAGAAGGAGUUCCACUUCAACCGGUACCUGACGCGCAGGCGGAGGAUCGAGAUAGCCCAUGCCCUCUGCCUCUCGGAGAGACAGAUCAAAAUCUGGUUUCAGAACCGCAGGAUGAAGUGGAAGAAGGAUCACAAGGACGAGCCGGUGCCGAACCCCGGGGAAAAAGACGUGCAGGCGGUGCAUGACAGUGGCGACACCCAGAGCUCCGGUCCAGAAGGAGAAACUGCGGCAAAGUAACAAAGACAAUAAGACAGUUAUAAAAACAGAGCAGGUCAAUAAUUAUGAUAAUUAAUCACACCACAAUAAAAAUUGUGUAAUCAACGAUACACAGAAAACUUUAGAUGUGGGUUUAAACCCAACGUGAACAACCUGCUCUGCGAGACAGAGCCGUAUCCUGUGACUACCUACAAAAUCAUUUUUAUAUAUAACAUACAGCAUUAAAUAUUAUUACACUACUGAGCCAACAUUCCUUUAACGAAAAACUACCUAUUUUCUUUACUAAUUUCACACCACUGACGCAACUAAUUCAACACGUUGAAGUAAAUGAAUGUACUUUUUUGUCCUUCCUCUCAGACUUUUAUAUUUAUAGGGAACAAAUAUAACGUUUUAUGUAGACUUCCAUAAAUUUAUAGACUAAUAGGUUUAGGUAUCAGCUGUGAACUAAGUGAUUAUAUUUGUGUAUAUAUAUAGUGCUUUUAUCCCGGUAUUGUUAUUUUUUUAAGCUACCUCAGAGGCCAUACAGUCCACGCGCUUAUUAUACAACAAACACUUAGACUUUAGCUGUGCAUUACAAAAUGUUUAGUGUUAGGAUCAAUAUUUCACAUAGAAUGAAUUCAUACACAAUUUUGUUACCACUGGAUUUCGGUAUCCGUUUAUACUGAGUGUAAAUGAGAAUAAAAUUAAAAUGUGCAAACAAUAAUAUACAUUUAGCGCAUAUACCUGCGUUUGCAACAAACUGUGAAGAAACUAAUGCCCAAUGAAAAUUAAUGUGGAAGCAAAUACACAAGACAGCAAAUAACACUGAAACCCUGUUCAGAAUAUAUCAAGUCUGUAAA